UUUGUCUGGUGCCCGCCCGCCCCAUAUGAUUUUUGUUCCCCGCCGGCCGCCCGCCGCCCCCCGCCCGCCGCCAUGUCUUCGCUUUCCGUGAUCCGAGACUUUGACGUCUUCGAAAAGGUCCACGCCAUCCUCCUCGCGGCCUCCGGCAUCCCACCGGCGCUCCACCGGCGGCUCUUCGACAAACUCUCCUCCGAGACCUUCGACGGCGGCGACUUCUUCUCCAUCGAGCCAUGCGAGGGCGGCCGCAAGCGCCGCCUCGUCCUCUCCGCCAAGUUCCUAGCGAAGGAGUCCGAUGUAUUCCUCGUCGACCACGCCUGGUCUUUUCGCCUCGCCGAUGCCUUCAAGCAGCUGAGGGAAGUUCCAGGUUUAGCCGAGAGGAUGGCAGCAUUGAUGUGCGUGGACCUGGAUUUGAAGUCGGAUACUGAAGAUCUGGAGCUCGAAAACGAGGGGGAUGAUAAGAAUGGAAACCAGGGGAACGUGUUGAAAGUCUUGGAGGAGGAAAUGGACAGAGUGAAGGAGAGAGGAAGUGAUGCUCCGGCCUGGUUGGAGCUCGAGGAGAUGGGUAUCGAUGAUGAAAUGCUGCGGUCUCUGGAUUUGUCUACUAAAUUUCCGAAUCUGGUUGCCUUGAAUCUCUGGGGAAACAAGCUACAGGAUAUAGAAACGGUUGUGCAGGAAGUUACGAAAUGUAGAAAGUUAAAAGCACUUUGGUUAAAUGAAAACCCAGUCCUACAGAGUGGGCGUGAUUCUAUUACAAAAACAAUUGUUGACAGUAUCCCAGGGCUGGAAAUAUAUAACUCGUGUUUCACUGGUAAUUCUGGUGAGUGGGCAUUAGGUUUUUGUGGAGGUAUUCUUGGAGCAGAUAAUCCUGAUUUCUCCUCAAAUACCAAUGGAUCAUUGGAGGGCAUUACCAUGCUUGAUCUUUCAGAUAGAAGUAUCCACCACUUGCCUAAGGCAUUUUCUCCAGUUUCAAUGCCAUCUCUUUCACAUUUGAAUGUUCGAGGAAAUCCAUUAGACCAAAUUUCUGCUGGUGAUCUAUUCAGAACAUUAAGUGCCUUUACUUGUUUGCAAGACUUGGAGGUAGAUAUUCCUGGUCCUCUUGGAAACAGUGCAGUGAAGAUUCUCGAAUCUCUUCCUAACCUCUCUUUGUUGAAUGGGGUCAGUGCAUCAAGAAUAAUUGAAGAUGGCAAACAUGUUAUUUAUUCAACACUUCAACCUCGCCUACCAGAAUGGAAAUCUACAGAACCUCUUGCUGAUAGGGUUAUUGGUGCUAUGUGGUUAUAUUUGAUGAAUUAUAGGCUUGCUGAUGAGGAAAAGAUUGAUGAAACGUCUGUUUGGUAUGUAAUGGAUGAGUUGGGCUCAGCUUUGCAGCAUAGUGACCAAGCAAACUUCAGAGUAGCUCCCUUCCUGUUCAUGCCGGAGGGGAAUUUGGCGUCAGCUGUGAGCUUUUCUGUUUUAUGGCCCACUCGGGAUGUUCAUUAUGGGGAAGAAUGUUCUCGUGAUUUCUUGUUUGGAAUUGAAGAGGACAAACAACGUUCUGCUAGGCUUACAGCUUGGUUCCACACUCCAGAAAAUUAUUUUAUUCAGGAAUUCAAAAAAUAUUGUCAACAGCUUGAACCAAGAAAUUUUCCUCUGCCUGUCAUGGAGGCCCCUGCUACCAGAAGUAUACUACCAAGUGAUGGACGUGCUCUCCUUGUUUAUACGGAUAUACCGCAUGUUGAAGAAUUUUUAACACGCCCUGAAUUUAUUCUCACAACCGAUCCAAAGGAUGCUAAUAUCAUCUGGACAAGUAUGCAAAUAGAUCCAGAAGUUAGGAAGGCUCUUGGACUAUCAGACAACCAGUAUAUUAACCAGUUCCCUUUUGAAGCUUGCCUUGUCAUGAAGCACCAUUUGGCUGAGACCAUUCAUAAGGCACAGGGCUCUCCUGAAUGGCUUCAGCCUACUUAUAACCUAGAAAUAGAAUUGUCUCAACUCAUCGGAGAUUAUCAUGUACGGAAACGAGAUGGCCGUAACAAUUUAUGGAUUUUAAAACCAUGGAAUAUGGCAAGGACAAUUGAUACAACAGUUACUGGUGAUUUAUCUGCCAUUAUCCGACUAAUGGAGACUGGUCCUAAGAUAUGCCAAAAGUAUAUUGACUGCCCUGCAUUGUUCAAGGGGAAGAAGUUUGAUCUUCGUUACAUCGUCUUGGUUUGCAGUAUGAAUCCUGUGGAGAUAUUUCUUGCUGACGUCUUUUGGGUUCGGCUAGCAAACAACCCGUACACAUUGGAUAAGGACAGCCUUUUCGAGUAUGAAACUCAUUUCACCGUUAUGAAUUAUAGAGGAAGACUGAAUCACAUGAACACGCCAGAUUUUGUGAGGGAGUUCGAAGAGGAGCAUCAAGUGAAGUGGCUGGAUAUCCGCCAAAGAAUCCGGAAUAUGAUCCGUUCUAUAUUUGACUCAGCUGCGGCGGUGCAUCCUGAGAUGCACAGCCCAUUCUCUCGGGCCAUGUAUGGGGUGGAUGUUAUGCUCGAUCAUCUGUAUAUGCCAAAGAUUUUGGAGGUGACAUAUUGUCCUGACUGCACUAGAGCAUGCAAGUAUGAUACUGAAGCAAUUGCAGGAAGCCGUGGUGUUAUCAAAGGACGCGAUUUCUUCAACUUUGUGUUUGGCUGCCUUUUUCUUAAUGAGUCAACACAUGUUACAAAACUGUAAUCCUUUUGAGUACAGAAAGAAAACUCUGUAGAUGUAAUCGUAGUUUUUUCCGGCAAUUUCGGCAAUUUGUUUUGAUCGAUGUCGGUGGUAAAUCUUUAUAAAAUGAUUAGCUUAUUGUACUAUUAGUUCAUUGUUUCAUGUUUAUCUUGAUCUUUUGGAACAUCAA